AUGUCCCUCGAACAUAACCCCCAAAAUGCCCCUCCAAUCCCAGACGCCGAUACAUACAAAGAAGUCGCCGCACCCUACCCACCCCGUCCAACAAUCGAACACAGUCUCAACGACGACUGCACCCUGCAAGUCAAUGACCAGGACUGCACGCUAGAAUUCAGUGACCGGGACUGCAACCUGGCACUGAGCCAAUAUCCCGACGACAAGCGAGCGGAGUCCGGAAUUGCAGCUGUCGCUGCAGCUGGAAAUGGAGGCCAAGCAGAUGGGAGACUGUCGGCGAUAGAGGCGAAACACGAGCAGGAUCCGGAGAUCGAGUCUAUGACGGGGACGGUGAAGAGGCAUAGGUCUCAUCGGCGGGAAUGGAUUAUCUUUGGGUCGGUGCUGGGGACUAUUGUUGUUCUUGUUGUUGUUAUUGUGCCGUCUGCUAUCUUUGGGACUAGGCAGUCUAGGCCUCAGUAUAGGCCGCCUCGGAAUCCGUAUAUCUCUUGA